AUGAGUCAAGAUUCUAGCAAGAAACUCACUCCUGAGAUGAAUGCUUACGGGGUAAAGGUAUUGGGUUUGAAAUCCAAAACCCCAAAAUCUUCAAAGGUUUCAAAAUCCUCUCCUCAUACCUCUGAAAUCGCAAUUGCUCAAGGUAUUCCUCAACCAUCGUCUGAUCCGAGUAAGAUGAAAGGGAAUAAGGCUCGAUCCAAGUCAGAUGCGUCCAAAGCAAAGAAGAAGAUGGUAACGAGAAGCUCUGAGGCAACCCAGGGAGUAAAUUCCGAGGCUGAAAUCAACUCAAGUACAGGUGAUGAUGUUGCUGAUCCUUGUAUCACUGAAGUGUUGGAAACUCCUCUCAAGGAAGUUUUACAUGCAGAUGUAGAUCCAAUUGUUCCAUCACCAAGCAAUAAUCAAUCAAGCCACGGUGGUGAUUCUGAUUGCAACAAGGAUUCUGAUCAUCUUGAGGAAGAGGUAAUUGUUCCCAACUCUACUCCCUCUGUUGAUAAAGAUAUGCAUGUCGAGGAUGUUCAGAAUGUCAUUGAGAACUCAGAAUUUGAUGAGGUGUUGCUCAACACCCUUGGUGCUUCUGCUUCUGUUGCUUCAAAGAGGCGAAAGAUGACUGUUGUUCGUAAGUACUCUACGCGUUCCUCUUGCAAGAAGUUAGGUUUGGGUUUGAGUGAGAACAAGAAGCGCAAGAAGGUCAUUAUUCUUGAUGAUGAUACUCCAGUUGUACAGAAUUUCAAAAGAAAGGUUCACAAAGAUAAUGCUACUCCUGUUGUUGAUGAGACUCCAACUGUGGAGUUGGAUAAGACAGAUACUGGUUCUGCUGCUCGAAAGCGCAAGAUUGGGAAACGAAUUCCAGAAAACGUGCCUGCUGCUCCUUUGGAUAACAUUUCCUUUCACUCUGAAGAAAGUGUUGGUAAGUGGAAGUAUGUUUAUCAGCGCAGGAUUGCUCAAGAGAGGGAAUUGACUGGUGAGAUUUUGCAUUGUCAAGAAAUUAUGGAACUUAUUGAGGCUGCUGGGUUGUUGAAAACUGUUACUGAGAUUGGAGGCUGCUAUGACAAGUUGGUGAGAGAAUUUAUUGUGAAUAUAACUACAAAUUGCACUGUGUCUGGGCAUCCUGAUUUCAGGAAAGUUUUUGUGCGUGGUAGGUGUGUACAUUUUUCUCCUGAGAUCAUUAAUCAGUAUUUGGGAAGGAGCACUAUUGUCACAGGAAAUGAAGAGCUGUCCUUGAGUGUUAUCACUAAUGAACUCACGGCUGGUCAGGUUAUGGAAUGGCUUGUCAAAGGCUUGUUGUCUUCUACUCAUUUGAGUGUAAAGUAUGCUAUCUUGAAUCGCAUUGGUGCUGCAAAUUGGGCUCCUACCACCCACAACUCAGAUAUUUCUUCAGUUUGA